AUGUCAUCCAAGUGCCGCAGUGUGUCAGGGCCACCUGCGGCACGUGUGUCAGGGCCACCUGCGGCACGUGUGUCAGGGCCACCUGCGGCACGUGUGUCAGGCCCACCUGCGGCACGUGUGUCAGGGCCACCUGCGGCACGUGUCAGGGCCACCUGCGGCACGUGUGUCAGGGCCACCUGCGGCACGUGUGUCAGGGCCACCUGCGGCACGUGUGUCAGGGCCACCUGCGGCACGUGUGUCAGGGCCACCUGCGGCACGUGUGUCAGGGCCACCUGCGGCACGUGUGUCAGGGCCACCUGCGGCACGUGUGUCAGGGCCACCUGCGGCACGUGUGUCAGGGCCACCUGCGGCAUAUUUAGGCGUGUUUAG